GGCACGCGCCUUGUCUUGCACGGAUUGCAUUCGGAGCUUUGCCAGAAUAACGCUGUCAAUCCCGGUUAUGUUAUGAAUGCCAGAUUUGACACUGCUGUAGGGAUGGUGUCGAAUUGGCUGCUACAGAAAUAAUUUUGAUCGGCAGGUGUUUUCUGACACUGGAUCUGACCAACUCUCUCCUUUCUUAGGAGGUUAAUUCCCCCAAGGUUCAUGCUCAACUGUCAGUUAAGCUAUGCUGCAUUGUAAAACUUUUCGAGUUCUUUUUUUGGCUGAACUCUGUCUCUCCACUUGGGGUGCCCCCUUAGGGAGCACCUCUUCGCCACAGGCAAGGAACUGUGGCAGAACCAAACAAGGAUCUAAAGAAACCCCUGAACAUCUUGCAGGCCAUCAUAAUGGCAAGCUAUGUAUGAUAUCACAGAUGCAACUGCAUUCAUCUUCACGGCUACCAGAAUGGCUUGAACCCAGAGGCACAGCAGAGGUCUUACCUAGUGCAAAACAGGAAGAGGAGGAUGCAGUAACAGGAGUAUCAGACAGGCAGAAUAGACAGGUGGGCUUAGUUAAUGCAAGGGCUAAACCAUAUGCACAAUACCAGGAAGCUUUUAAUAAGUCUAUUGAUGAAAGCUCAUCUGAGGAAAAGAACAAGAGCCCUUCAUCUGCAACUAUUUCUGAAUCCAUUGCUGCUGUGGAGCAUACACUGGGGCUUGGAAAUGUAAAUACAAUGAGAGACUUGGUUAGUUUGACCACUAUAUCCACUUCUGCAGCAGAUCAAAUCAACACACAGAAAUACACUGUGCAGAAUGGAAAAUCUAAACUAUCUCAUGGGGUCAGCAAUGACAGACCUGCACAGACACAAGCUGAACUGGGGUACAGUGACAAUCUGAGGUCAGGAAGACUGCUUUACAACAACGCAGAGGAAGAUACGGGAACCUUCCAGCCUCUGACUAGUACUCCUUUUCAAGAAAUUGAAGAAUGGAAGGUAAAGGGAGUUAAGAAGAACAUAUCUGCCAAGUUUAGUCCAAAGCACUGGGGAGGAGUUUCGACUGAACCCCCAUUCUUUAUUCAGUCUCCCUGGGCCAUCGGUCCUGUCGUCACAUCUCUAACAACAUCAGGCAGUUCCAAUGGACAGUCUAGAGGAGCUACAGGUGAUAAUGAGAGAGUAGCAGAAGAAAGCUUCUUUACAACCUCAGAGCUCCAAGAUAAAGCAGUUACACCAGGAUUCUUGCAGCCAGACCUGACCCUCAGUUCCAGACAGGCAGCGCUCGGAGUCACCUGGACCGAGUCACUUCAUUUGCAAGGAGUGGAAGAAGCAAGCAUCUUGCCCUUGUCACAGGAGGUGGGCCCAGAGGCAACCAUGUCUUCUGAGGACCUUCCUUUGAUAUUUGCGCCAUUCGAUGAUGUCACGCCCCCCAGGAGCUCAGCACUGGCAUUUGAGCUGUCUGUCGCCAUGGCACCAAUGACAGGGAUGCUUGAGGAGGGAGAGCUAGAGCAAGCAGAGUCCAUGGAUGCAGACCACACUCUUUCUGAUGUCUCUCUCCUGGGGCCAUCUGAUUGGCCAUCGCCGUGGCAGAUGUCUGGUGCAGAGAAUUCAGAUACUCUCAUAACGUCUCAAAUUCCAAUCAACAAACCCUUCUCUGAAGCUGACCUGGAGAAUAGUGACAGGACAGGGAAGCUACAGAGUGAGGGUACAGAUGUCAUCCCGACUUCUGUGGGAUCACUUCCAUUCUCGUCUUCACCUUCCUCAGCCCCCACUCAGCAAAUUACAGACAUCGAACCAACUCGCUUACCAGAGUUAAAACCAAAGUCAUGGCAGGAAGAGCUAGAAUCUGAAGAGGAUGAGGAUGAAGAGGAUGAAGAUGUAGAUGAAUCUGAGGAAGAGGAGAUUGGGGAGGACAUAAGUGAGGCUCCUGCCCAUAUAACUACACAACGUUCUUACAGCCUUAUCCCCCAGCCCCCGAUCUGGGGGCAUCAGAACCAAGGACUUAUACGCAGCUGGGUUGAACUUAUCCGAGAAAAGGCAGGAAAUGUUUCCAGUAUGCUGGCACCUGUUGGCAUCGGUAUAGCUGGCGCACUACUUAUCGUUGGUGCUCUUUAUGGCAUCAGGAUGAUCCAUCGCAAGAGGCAGAGCAGCUUCAAACACCAGAGGAGAAAGCAGCUGAAGGAAGUGAGGAAUGGACCAGACCAAGCAAUGCUUUUGGCUGACAGCUCAGAGGACGAAUUGUGAACCCACCCAAAAUCAGCCUUUAGAAACAGAUCCGUCCCCAUGUUUGGCAUAGAGCAGAAAGUAUCAUGAGGAUGGAAGAUCCAUCCACGUUCAGGACUCAGGCUUAGCCAUUUCACAUUCUCAACCAAGUCCAAACAGCACAUAUAAAAUAAGUAAGCAAGUGGCUGUUAUGUGAAGUUAGCAUUGCACUAACUGUCUAGCUGUAUACAAAUACACAUAUUCCUUACGAUAUUUAAUGUAUGAAGUUCACUCAGCAUUUCUUCAUAUUUCAUUUUCCUAUUUGUAAAUACUGAAAGCAGGAGUGAAUUUAGUAUAAAUAUCUUACUUCAUUAGAAGGAAAAUGGAUAAAUCUACAUUUUUAUGGGAAAGAGAAAGCACCUUUGAUAACAUUUUCAAAAUGAUUUAAAUUGCAUCAUUCAUCUGGUGAGAGACAUCUGCUUCUCUCAUGCCAAAAUAGCCAUGUUCAUGUUAACAUAAGCUGUGGAUCAUCAUGAACAACCCAUGUCUUGAGUUCAUGUUAAUGUAAGCUUUGGAUCAUUAUGAAAAUUUAAGCUGUUUUAAAGAGACAAACAUCCAACACUGAUGUGACAUUGUACACUGCUGAUCCUUCUACUUCCUCCUGAAUAUCUAAAAGUUAGCUACAGUAAACAUAUGCUCCAUAAAUGCAAAACAGUGUGAUCAACUUUAAACAGUACAUGGACCAUGUUUGCUGUAUGUUUUUUUUUUGCUGUUAUUACAGUUAAUACCUGUAUGCCAUUAACUAAAACAUUUUGUGACAACAUGCCCUCUGUAUUUAUAAUUAAGUUGCUUGUUAUUUCUGUUGUAUGAAGAUCAAGCUUUGUUUUACAUUAAAAGACCUAGGAAUCAAAAAUAAAUGUACUGCUAAUU